GAAAAAAGAUCCAGAAUGAGGUCUGAUAAGAAGUGGGGACGGAGCUUGACUGUCUCUGAAGGUUGCAGUGAGACAGGUUGGUUCUCAGUGCGUGGUGCACCGGAGAAGGUCCUGGCCUUGGCUGGUGGGUACGUCGUUCUGCCCUGCAGCUUCAACAUCACCGCCAGCAGCUAUUUUCCAACAGUGGAGUGGUCCAAGAAAGACCUGCGCUCGAACAUCAUCUUCCUGUACCGGGAUGGCUGCGAGACGUAUGAGAUGAAGAAUCCGGCCUAUGAGUUCAGGACAAGCCUCAUCGCAAAAGAUCUGAAGAAUGGAGACGUCUCACUAAGGAUCUCCGACGUGCAGCUGUCGGAUGCAGGGCAGUACCAGUGCAUGCGGCUCUGGAAGAACUCGCACAAGGACAUCACGGUGGUGGAGCUCGCUGUGGAUGCGGUUUCUGAGCCCAGACUGUCAGUGGUGUCGGCUGAGGGUGGACGGGUGACGCUGCAGUGCGAGGUCAAAUGCUCGGUGCCCGAAUGA